AUGGAAGAGACAUUAGAUGUGGACGACCUCUUCGGCGACUCAGGCGGUCUGGAGUUGAGCCUGACAGCAGCUGUGCCUUCGAAAGCACUACCAGCUCGAAUCGACGAACUGCGGCUGCUAGGAUGUUGCCAAAAAAUCGCGUGGUCCAAGAUGGGCGCAAUCGCCUAUAUCGCUCCAGACGGGACGAAGGCAUUUCUACGACAUCUCAGCUGCGGCCCCGAGAACGGGAAAUGGGGUCUCAGCGAUGGAGACCCAGACCAUCCCAUUGCAGACGCACAGGGCGGCCAUACUCUGGUUCACCUUUCGUGGAACGAGUCGGGGACGGACAUCGCCAUUGUUGACUCGUGCGGCCGUAUAUCGAUCAUUGCAAUGUCGGUGGCCUUGAAUGUUCUGAUUCCAUCGCGUCCGGCAAUUUUGGAUUCCGAUGAUGAUGGCAAUCAGCCGGUUGGGCUCAUGUGGCUGUCCAUCAAUCGAUCGGAGUCCAAAUGGGGAGAUAUGGUGGUAGAACUGCAUAGCACGGGCUAUACCAAUGAUAUUCUGACCCAUGCCGCCAUGGCUCCCGUUGACGGUGGUGGGAUUAUGGUGGUGACUUACUCGGCGAGUAACGACUUACGACUCUACCGUGCACAGCUCAAGUGGGAAGGCGCACCAGUAGAUACAGCUCAUCAACGACCGAAUAACUCCAUUGCAGUACCGAGCAUCCAACUGGUUCACAUUGAAGUUGAAGUUCCACAUGUGGUCCCGUCCCCAUCAACAUAUGCGUUGGGAAACCCGGAAAACAUAGCCAACAAUGCAAACGGAUUAUUUGCUCUCACGCACCUGCAAGUAAUUGCAUGCCCCUUGGAUUCUCCUGGAGGCCAAACGGCCCCGGCGAUAUUAGCAGUGUUCUCGUACCCUAUCCACAACUCACACGGACGGUCUCACAUCGAGCACCCCAGUGUGCUUGCUCGAUGGGAAUUCCGCUCGGUCACCCAGAACCUCCACAGGAGUUUUGAUAACAUUGUGUCGAAGCAAGCGCGCCAUCCGUUGUUGCCUAACACCGAGUUAAGGAGACAGGCGGAUUUAUAUUUCGAAAGGCAUAUAGUCUCAGUUGACUACAUGGAAGCAGGGAAUGUCCUUGUUAUAACUCUAGAGGACAGCAGCAUAAACUUCUACGAUGCAAAAAACUUUACUCCGCUCUCUGGUCUCGACGAUGUUGAAACGGUUACAAGCCUGCCCCAGUCUGGCUUCGCAUUUCCUCCCGCAAUAUCACCUGAUGAGAAAUCCCAGGUCCAGAUUCGCAUAAUGGAGCAUUCGUUCGGUGCAGAAGAUGGUUUAUUCAAUGACGGAAAAUUCAUGAGCGCUCUGGCUGCUCUUACUAUGGCAUAUUGCAGAGCAUGCAGUAGUGACAGUAAUAAUGAUGAUGUACUGAUGAUCGUUAUGCAGCAGCUGAAUGCAGAUUCCCACAAGAAUUUCAUAAAUGAAGUAUAUCGAGCUCUUUCGAUGAAUGUUGAUUUCACAAUCGAGCAGGACAAGCUGAUGAAUAAUCCAUACAUCCUAAAAUGCUUUAGUAUGCAGGCCGCCCUUGGAUUCAAAACACGGCUUGAACGCCGUAACCUUGCAGCAGCAGUUCCCUGGGUUACACUGCAGCUUCGGCAGAUAUCCAUUCUACUGGCAUACAUGCACUUUAACAAGGCCGGUGCUGAGUCCGAAUGUCAUGACCCUGAGGUACUACGAAUAACCCUGGGGAACGUGAAAUGGGCCCUUGAUCUUGCAAAAUAUCUUGUUGAUGACCUAUUCGAGAUUUCCGACAAUUUCGGUAACCAGGUGAAUAGCCAGGAGUCUGGAACCUCACCAGCAGACUCAGCCCUGAAAGUGGAUGUCUAUGAGAAACUCCUCGCCAGUGUCGAUAACGAUGUUAAACAUGCAUAUCAAAAUGCAGGUUUCACCAACAGCGACCGGGCCGCCCCUGAGCGUGACCUCCUCAUCACUGGCAGUAUACCACCAGUCUUACAGCCGGCAGUGACGUCAAUUCUUACCAAAACCAUGCCCAUGGUCCGGAAUGAAGCUAAUCCAAUGUACCUGUUUCUACAAGAUUACAGCUGGCUAGGUGUUGGUGACGACAAGCGAACGGAUAUAUAUAGACGAAGAUAUGAACUGGACAUUCUUCGAAAGGUUUUGAUACCUUUGGAUGAGCCAAGGGGCACUGAGCAGCGGCCGAGCAGAAGUUGCGGCGGUGCGGAUGUUAAUGAGGACAGUCGUACUCCGGGCCUGUACGUGUGGAGGAAUGUGGUCUAUGAGCAAUGCGAAUAA